UCUCUCUGUGGCCCUUUGUGCCAGUAUUUCAUAUCUGAAAUAUCUGCUUCAUUCAGCUGCAGUCCACAGCCAGUUUGCAAUGGAGCUGCAAGAAUGGGGAACAAACAGACCAUCUUUACAUCCCAGCAACUGGACGCAUAUCAGGACUGCACUUAUUUCACCAGAAAAGAGAUUCUGAGACUGUUUCAUCGAUACCGUGAUUUAGCUCCCCAGCUCGUGCCACUGGACUACAAAAACCAACCGGAAGUGCGUUUGCCCUACGAGCUGAUUGGCAGCAUGCCGGAGCUGAAGGACAACCCGUUCAGACAGAGGAUCGCUGAGGUUUUUUCAGAGGAUGGAGAAGGAAACAUGACCCUGGACGACUUUCUGGACAUGUUUUCAGUGCUGAGUGAAAUGGCUCCACGGGACCUGAAGGCAUUUUACGCUUUUAAAAUCUACGACUUCAACAACGACGACUUCAUCUGUAAAUCAGAUCUGGAGAAAACCUUAAACAAACUGACGCGUAACGAGCUGACCGAGGAUGAGGUGAGGAUGGUGUGUGAGAAGGUGAUCGAUGAAGCUGAUCUGGACAAUGACGGCCGUCUGUCUCUUGAGGAUUUCCAGAACAUGAUCGUGAGAGCGCCGGACUUCCUCAGCACCUUCCACAUCCGGAUAUGAAAAUCAUCUGGACACUGAACCACAGGAAAAUUAUUUUUUUAUAAGUUGAUGUAAGAUCUUUCACUGCAGAUGAAGUCAAGUACAGAUGUUGGCUUACAUUACCAAUUCAAAAUACAGGAAUAAAGAAAGCACCUGUACAAAUAUAAGAAGAAUCCAAUAUUAAAACACAAUAAUGUACUUUUUUUUUUCUA